AAUCAUUCCAACUCCUCCCGAUUCAUCUCUCUCUCUCUCUCUAAUCAGCCAAAAGCGGAUUCACAUGUCUUUGUUUGGAGCGAAUAAAUAAAAAAGGGGGAUUGUCUUUGAGAUAAUCUCUGGUCACAGUUGGGUCCUCCUCAUACCAAUAAACUCACGGGCAGAUCACUGCUCUGAGCAACGAUUUGUUUUCUAGUUCUCUUUGUAGACGCCAAGGGCCAAAAAGAUAAGAGCUUUGUAACAACACGCCAUUUCUAUAGAACCUUCUCUCUCUCUCCCUCUCUCUCUUUCGCUCAUCCCAAAGCUUUGCCCCCUCUCAAAUGGAGUCAAUAAUUUGCAUUCUCGUUCUUCUUGCAUACUUGUUCACUCGCCCACUUCACAUCCUAGCCCAGCAGGCGGCGCAAGCCGCGUCGCCCUUGCCGACCUCUCGCAUCACCGUCGUCGGCGCCGUGUACUGCGACGUAUGCCACAUCAGCAGUUUCUCCAAGUACAGCUACUUCUUGCCAGGUGUUGAUGUGAACAUCCAAUGCAAGUUCAAGGCGAGCACGCGAGAGACCGCCGAGCAGAUCGACUUCUCGGUAAACCGGACCACCAAUAGAUACGGGACGUACAUGUUGGACGUGCCCUCGGUGGACGGGGUCGACUGCGUGGACGGCCAGGCGAUCGCGUCCAUGUGCCAAGUGAGCUUGAUGGGGAGCUCCUCCUCCGCAUGCAGCGUGCCCGGGUUGAGGACCACGGCGGACGAGGUGACGGUGAAGUCGAAGCAAGACAACCUGUGCAUAUACAGCAUGAACGCGCUGACCUACCGGCCGGCCGAGCGCAACGUCACGUUAUGCGGGAACGAGAAGGAGGGAUCAUCGCAGGAUGAUCUCAAUUCCUCCAAGUUCUUCUUGCCUUAUUUUCCACCGUACGGCUUUCCAUGGCCACCGAUCCCUCAAUUGCCACCGCUUCCUUCUAUCCCGAUCCCUCCGUUACCGCCUUUUCCAUCGAUACCGCUCCCACCUCUUCCGCCAUUCCCGUUCCCCUCAUUCCCGCCCUCGCUGCCGUUCCCGUUCCCACCUCUCCCGCCUCUGCCUCCGUCAGGGAUCAACUUAACCGAUCCCCGGACAUGGAUCCCAAGAAUCCCAUUACCUACUUCUCCUCCUCUUCCGCCACCGUCGUCGCCACCAGCAUAUAAUCCAUGGGACCCGAGGACUUGGAUACCCCACCUCCCUCCGUAUUCUCCACCGAGAGCUCAGGAACAAACACCCUAGCGUAGCAUGCACCGACGUAUGGCGAAAUGUAAUCUUUAUAUGGCUUUGGUUUUGGUUUUUGGGUUUUGGUUUUUUGUGUAUACUAUGACUUAUACACCAUAGUUUGCCUCCUGGCAAGAAUGCUUGUAUGCAUGUCAUGUGUAUCUAUUGACGUAUUCAGUACCAACACAGACAAAAAUGGAUGACAGGGAGGACGACAGCAGCCAUAAGGUUCACACCUGAGUUGGCCUGUCAGUUUCACAGCUCAAGCCUCAGUUGUCUUCAAGCAGAGAAAUGCCUGAAAAUGACUUUUAGUGUAUUGAAAUUCAGACUGCAUACU